AGUCAAUCCAGUGCUUAGCUCCUCUCUGCAGGCUGGAGAAAGAGUGAGAGAAAGAAGGCAAGAAAACACUUCCCAAAGCAGGAGGAAACGCAGAAGGAAGAAAUCUGGCAAGCAGAGAAAUUCAGAGGAAAAUUUAAUCACGGAUUUCAUUUAUAUAUAUUGAAAUUGUUUAUAUAUAUAUAUUUGUACACACGCAUAUCAAUAUUUAUAUAAAUAUAUAUGUAUACAUAUGUACCUGUAUAUAACUGUAUUUGUGCUUGUCUGUUUAUAUUGAUAUUUUUAUAUGUAUUUGUGUGUGUGUAAAUAUAUACAUAUAUAAGCAAAUAAUAUCUAUGAAUUUAUAUACAUAUCACUGUGAACCAAGAGAAUCAAGAAGAGAACUCGACAAUCGGGGCUGGUCUCUGAUUCUGAGAUCAUACACGCUAUUUUCAGCAUUAUUUUUCCAAAUCUUUUACAUUGAACGGAGGAAGACUACGGACCUUUUUCUAUUUUCCAUAUCCCUGUUGCUACCUCCUCAUCUCUUUUUCUGGAUCAGGAGGAACAAAGAGGAGACUAACAGGGUUUGCAAAGGAGGUGAGAGAUUGGCGAGGCUCCUGUGAUUUGUGUGUUUUGUACUGCCGUUGCUGUUCCGUGCAUGCUGCGUUUGAUCUGAGCAGGCAACAGCAGCAGCAGCAGCAGUGAGGGAAAUAGAAAGCGACAGAGAGUGCCACACCGAGUGAACUAGCCAGCAUGCACAAACAUCACCACUGCUGCAAGUGCCCAGAAUGCUAUGAAGUGACCCGCAUGGCCGCCCUGCGUAGGAUGGAUGCCCCAGCAUAUGGAGAAUGGCAGCCCGAGCCCUAUGGAUACCCGGCCGGCUAUGGGGGCGGCCAGACCUUACCACCCCAAACUUCAGGUGGAGGAGGGGGAAUGGGUGGAGGGGGCACUUUGGGGAGAAGUAAAGGGAAAAUGAUGUCGGCUGGGGGUCCUGGAGGCCCUAACCCAAAGAGCCAAUCCAAGGGUGGCCCCAAGGUGAACGGUAACAACUCAGGAGGGCAAGGAGGAUGGUGGCCCGAGUGCACCUGUUCCAAUCGGGACUGGUAUGACCAGGCAAACCCUCCCCCCAUCAUUGUGAAUGCAGACUCACUGGAUGCAGGCCCUUAUGUGAAUGGGAGUGAUGGCAUGUAUAAAUAUGAAGAAAUCAUUUUGGAAAGGGGCAACUCUGGCCUUGGCUUCAGUAUUGCUGGAGGUGUGGACAAUCCACACAUUCCUGAUGAUCCAGGAAUCUUCAUCACCAAGAUCAUCCCUGGGGGUGCUGCUGCCAUGGAUGGCAGACUAGGGGUAAAUGAUUGCGUUCUGCGAGUGAAUGAUGUUGAUGUGUCAGAGGUAGUGCACAGCAAGGCAGUAGAGGCUCUGAAAGAGGCCGGCCCAGUGGUCAGGUUGCUGGUACGCAGGAGACAGGCUCCUCCUGAGACCAUUUUGGAGGUCAACCUACUCAAAGGGCCUAAAGGCCUUGGCUUCAGUAUUGCUGGAGGUAUAGGCAACCAGCAUAUCCCGGGCGACAACAGUAUCUACAUCACUAAGAUUAUUGAGGGUGGGGCAGCACAGAAAGAUGGACGUCUGCAGACAGGCGAUCGCCUACUGGCUGUGAAUAACAUUAUACUUCAGGAUGUACGUCAUGAGGAGGCUGUGGCCGCCCUGAAGAACACUUCAGACAUGGUCUAUCUGAAAGUGGCCAAGCCAGGACCAGUCCAUCUCAACGACAUGUAUGCCCCACCAGACUAUUCCAGCACCUUCCCCACCAUGGUGGACAACCACGUCGGACACAACUCCAGUAUGGCCUACAUGGGAGGCAUGGAGCCCAAACCAGUGUACCAGCCGCCCCAGGUCACUCCCUCGAGAUACUCCCCGAUCCCACGCCACAUGCUGGGGGAGGAGGACUUCACCAGGCCCGAGCCCAUUUACAGUGCAGUCCACAAACCUCAUGAGGACACCAGCCCUCCCUCCCCCCAUCUGUGCAGCAGGGGGUCUGGGGACGUGGGCUGCAGCCCCGCCCCACCUGCUCUGUGUCAAAGCCUGGUCCUGUACACCGGCAGGGAGCCGCGGAAGAUCCUGCUACACAAGGGUUCCACAGGUUUGGGUUUCAACAUUGUAGGUGGGGAGGAUGGAGAGGGCAUCUUCGUAUCUUUCAUCUUGGCAGGUGGGCCAGCCGACCUGAGCGGCGAGCUGAGGAGAGGAGACCGCAUCCUAUCGGUGAAUGGAGUAAACCUACGCAAUGCCACACAUGAGCAAGCUGCUGCUGCACUGAAAAGGGCUGGACAGACAGUGACCAUCAUUGCCCAGUACAGACCAGAGGAAUACAGUCGUUUUGAGUCCAAGAUACACGAUUUGAGGGAGCAGAUGAUGAACAGCAGUAUGAGCUCUGGCUCGGGCUCCCUGCGCACCAGUGAGAAACGCUCACUCUAUGUCAGGGCUCUCUUUGACUAUGACAGGACCAGGGACAGUUGCCUGCCCAGCCAGGGCCUUAGUUUCUCCUAUGGGGACAUCCUGCAUGUCAUCAACGCCUCCGAUGAUGAGUGGUGGCAGGCACGGCUGGUUACACCCCACGGGGAGAGUGAGCAGAUUGGGGUCAUACCAAGCAAGAAAAGGGUGGAAAAGAAAGAGCGUGCACGGUUAAAAACAGUGAAGUUCCACGCCAGGACGGGCAUGAUUGAGUCUAACAGGCCAGUCAAAGCGAAGCGCAAAAAAAGCUUCAACCUUUCACGCAAGUUCCCAUUUUACAAGAGCAAGGAGAAUAUAGUGCAGGAGUUGGUGGAGACUGAACAGUGCUUGACAUCCAACACCAGUGACAGCGAAAGCAGCUCCAAGGGCCAAGAAGACACAAUUCUAUCCUAUGAGCCAGUAAUUCGACAGGAGAUCCAUUACACAAGGCCUGUGAUUAUUCUGGGUCCAAUGAAGGACAGAGUUAAUGAUGACUUGAUCUCAGAGUUUCCCCACAAGUUUGGAUCCUGUGUUCCACAUACAACUCGUCCUCGGCGAGAGAAUGAGAUGGACGGCCAGGACUACCACUUUGUGGGCUCAAGAGAGCAAAUGGAGAAGGACAUUCAGGACAACAAAUUUAUUGAGGCCGGCCAGUUCAAUGAGAAUCUGUACGGGACCAGCAUCCUGUCUGUUCGGGCAGUGGCUGAAAGGGGGAAACAUUGUAUCCUGGAUGUGUCUGGGAAUGCCAUAAAGCGACUGCAGCAAGCACAACUCUAUCCGAUCGCCAUUUUCAUCAAGCCAAAAUCUGUGGAGGCCCUAAUGGAAUUGAAUAAGAGGCAGACAUAUGAGCAAGCCAAUAAAGUCUUUGAUAAGGCAGUGAAGCUUGAACAAGAGUUUGGCGAGUUUUUCACAGCCAUAGUCCAGGGUGACUCACUAGAGGAGAUUUAUAAUAAAAUCAAGCUGAUCAUCGAGGAGCAGUCAGGCCCUUACAUCUGGAUUCCUUCCACAGAGAAGCUCUGAGCUCACCACCUCCACGGAGCCCCCGCCUGAACCCACACCCACCUGACACCUUUCCCGCCUUUCACUGAUCAAGUUUUAGUGUCACCAUUAUGUUACCCUCAAAUGGAAAAACGUCUUAUCACCAUAACUGUGACUGUGCACACCCCUGCAUGAAUUUCAGCAAUUCCAUUCAAGGUUGGAAAUGCCAUUCCUAAAAAAAAAAUUCAUGUAAAUCAAAAAAAGGGAAACCAAGUGAAUCCUUUUGUGAGUUUCGAAGCAACAUUGAGGAGUAGAGAGUUCAAGAUAUGUACCUUCGUAAAUAGUGACACAUCGUAGAAGUGGGAACCUCUUGUAAGUUCAUUUGGUUUCCUUGUAAAAGACAUUCAAGGAUGCUGAGCAAAGACAUACAAGGUUUUCUACAAGGACUAGAUACAGAUGAAGCCUGCUGAUAAUGCCGAUCAUGGAGUCACUGCUCUUGUUUAUAAGUGGAGAAACUUAAAAACUGGUGGAUUGGCUGCCCGUUUGUUUAUAUGGUGCAGUCAACGGUGAAACCUUUGGAGGCAGAACAAAAUGGAAAAAGGUUGUUCGAGUCUAUACAUUUAUAUUACUGAAAUCACAUGGAAAAUAAAAAUCAUAUGGAGAGAUUUUACUACAUAAGAAAUUAUAUGGUACACAUUUUACACUUCACUAGAAUUGUCUAUUUGGAGGGCUGUUAGAUUUCAUUUACUUGUCUUUGGAUUUUUGUGUUAUUUCUUUCUUGUGGUUUUAGCUGCUCUGUACUAAAAAUGGGGGUAGAGAGGUGUAACUGGGCUCUCUGCAGAACACCAAACUGCCUUACAAUUAAUGAACGCUUGUGUAAGUUUACUGUCAAUUGUGGGGGAAAUUAUUCAACCUAUCAGUGCUUAGUGGGAGACUCCGAACUACUUUAGUGUUAUUUCUGAGUUUCCCCAUCGUCCUAUUGGAGGCCUAACUUGUGAGUGCAAUAGACUUAAGUGUCUUACUUCUGUGAAAUCAAUUAUGGCAGCCGAACCCCCCACCCCACCCCAUUGGAGUUGUUGAAAGCAGACAGCCCACUUGCACUUCCUCUGCCUUCCACAACUAUAUUCUCUUCAGACUGAACGGUAACAAGGUACUGUCCUGUUAGCUGCCAUGAAGCGCAGCCUUAAAACGGGUAGAAUCAAGACAAUAAUUGUAUUGGAUGUCCUUCUUAAUAUUAAAGCGUUAGUGGAGCCUACAAAUUGCCAGUUUUCCCCAGAACUCAAAGAUGAUUUGAUUAAAUCUGUUGUUUGUAAUGACAGCUUUUAAACAAUAUUUGUUUUUUCUUUAUUUCCGGGAUGAUGUUUACUCCACUGUGGUGACCCUUGUGCCGAGGUGAGCUUGGAAAGCUCAGGAAUCUGAUGGAUAACAUUUUUAGUGACAAAAGGGCAGCAGUCAUAUUGUGAUGUAGAGCGAUUCAUAUCAGUAGAGUAUGAACUCAAAGGGAUGUUAUGAUUUCCCAAACCCAGAGUACCCAGACAUGCUGAUAUAUUAUACUUGUGUAUUCUAAAUAGUUAGUCCUUUUUUUAUUUUAAAUAUUUUGUAAGCACUAUGUCUGUGGUUGCCCUUUUUGUGCUUUGGGUUCACCUGUACUCCCGAGGACCUGGAAUGGGACGGUGCUGACGGAUACAAAAGUACAGUACUUCCUUUGAUCCCUUCGCUCCCUUGAGAACAUAAUUCUUUCUUUUUGUAUUGAGAAGUCUGGAUUGCACAGAAAGUUAAUGAGGUUCCUGGGCCCACUCUCUCCCCCCCUCAAGCUCCUGUAUCCGCAGGCAUUUUUUUUAACAGGUGUGCUCCAAGCAUCUCUGCUUAAUCAGCUGUCAUACCUUUGUCAAAACCAGAGUUCAGGGAAUAAUCGAAGGGAACAGAGCCAUUUAUAAACUGCUUACAGACUGUUUAACUGGGUAUGAUAGCUGUCAAGUGUAAAUAUCCCCUCCCCCCCACUCCCACUCACUUGUGCUUCAUGCAUGUGUGAUACAACUGGGACAGACAUGUUUUAUAUAAAUCACAAAUGUCAGGUAAGUAAACUUUUAAUUAUUCUGAGAUUAAUUUCCAUACAAAUGUGCCGUAAUGUUGGUAUUUCUCUAUAGAAAAAAAUAUAUCUUCAGCUGCCUAUCAGAACAUUUUUUAAUAAGUUGGGAAUCAGCUUCCCUACAAUACGGCCUGUCUACUUGUGAUAUCUUGUGGAACUUGUCUGAGUGUAUAGAAGAAAAACAAAUGUAAAAAUAUAUAUAAAAAGACAUGCAGACAGCAACCCGUAGAGUGAUAUUAAAGAAACCAGGAGCAUAAAUUACUCAUUUAGUAUAGAAUUGGUCCUCUAAGGUGACAAGUGGAAAAAAAAAGCUGACUGUUCAAGCCAUUGAUGCCAGUCAGCCGUGUCGGUAAAGCCCAAAGAAUUUUCAUUCAUUGUACUUCUUUCUAAUUAAGUUGAUUGGGUCAGAGCAGUUCCGUGUGUGUUAAUGAGGGUCACUGCUCCGGAGGCAUGAGCGUAAAAUGAGAGAAGGGGUCUGGUUUGUCUUUGAGUGAUUAUGAGUUUUCGAUGUGACAGCACACCUGUGCAGUAAGUGCUUGCAAAUAUGAACUCUUUGAUUGUACAGUAGUGUCCUCCCCAUGAUUACAGGUGGUACAACCUAUCAGGACACAAAGAAAACCUGUCUUUUAUAUCCUGAUCAGGAGGGAACAUAGUCUUACAGAAUUUUUUUUGUUUUGUUUUUUGGACUGGACAAGAGUUUAUUUGUUUGGAAAUAAACUAUGUGACUCUGUUACGAUUUCAA